AGCAGACAGGAAGUAGUUGUUGGCAGAGAAUCCUGUCGUGCCAACCAGCUAGCUAGCUAGCUCAUUAGCUGGUUAGCUCAAUUUAACCAUAUUCCAAUAUUUACAGCUGAGGAGGGCGCCAGAAAACGACGACGGGGAGAUUAGCCAGAUGAAAAGCUUUAGCUUGCCAGUCUUUGUUGCUAGGCAACAGCACUAUCUUCUGACUGUCUGAGGGAUAUACAGUAGGCACCAUGUUGGUCCCUAUAUUCACACUGAAGCUGAACCACAAGAUUAACCCUCGCAUGGUGACUGUUGGGAAAUUUGAUGGAGUCCACCCAUGCCUUACUGCAGCCACACAGGCUGGAAAGGUUUUUAUCCAUAACCCUCAUGCCCGUGGUCAGAAACCUGUGGCCCACCGACUGAGCCAGAGCACACAAGACUCUGACAUCUCACUCCUCAACAUCAACCAGGCAGUCACUUGUCUGACGGCAGGAACGCUGGGACCAAACACCACUGGGGACACGCUGUUGGUGGGAUCCCAGACCAACCUGCUGGCCUAUGAUGUCCAUGACAACGCUGAUAUAUUCUACAGAGAGGUGACGGAUGGGGCCAAUGCAAUUGUGUUAGGAAAACUCGGGGACAUCCCAAAUCCUCUCGCCAUCAUUGGAGGGAACUGCGCCUUACAAGGCUUUGACUUUGAGGGCAAUGACCACUUCUGGACAGUAACUGGUGAUAAUGUCAGAUCUCUGGUGCUCUGUGACUUCACCGGAGAUGGGAAAAAUGAGCUCCUGGUAGGAUCGGAGGACUUUGACAUCAGGGUAUUCAAAGAGGAUGAGCUUGUGUCUGAGAUGACUGAAAAUGAGACGGUAACAUCACUGUGCCAUAUGCAUGACAGCAGGUUUGGCUACGCCCUUGCCAAUGGCACCGUGGGAGUUUAUGACCGCACUGCCCGCUACUGGAGGAUUAAGUCUAAGAAUCAUGCAAUGAGCAUCCAUGCCUUUGACCUGAACGCUGAUGGGGUGGUGGAGCUUAUCACUGGCUGGUCCAAUGGAAAGAUUGAUGCUCGUAGUGACCGAACAGGCGAGGUCAUUUUCAAAGACAACUUCUCCUCUUCUGUGGCCGGAGUGGUGGAAGGAGACUACAGGUUGGAUGGACAGAAUCAACUUAUCUGCACCUCCAUAGAGGGAGAGGUCCGAGGUUACCUGCCAGCCAGUAAAGACCUUAAAGGGAAUCUGAUGGACUCCAGUGCUGAACAGGACCUGAUCAGAGAGCUCAGCCAGCGCAGACAGAAUCUGCUGCUGGAGCUACGCAACUAUGAAGAGAAUGCCAAGGGUGUGUCAGAGACAAACAGUGGGAUGGGUGUCAUACCAGCCAACACUCAGCUCCAGACGGCGCUGUCAGUGAGACCUGCUACGGAGGCUCAGAAGGCUCAUGUAGAGCUCAGCAUUUCAACACCAAAUGAAACCAUUAUCCGUGCAGUGCUCAUCUUCGCAGAGGGGAUUUUUGAGGGGGAGAGUCACGUUGUCCACCCCAGUGCCCAGAACCUGUCGGGCUGUGUCCGAGUCCCCAUUGUCCCCCCAAAAGAUAUACCAGUAGAUCUGCACAUCAAAGCCUUUGUUGGAGGGAAAACUAGCACCCAAUUCCACGUGUUUGAAAUCACUCGUCAGCUGCCUCGUUUCUCCAUGUAUGACAUCACGGUGGACUCCUCAGCUGCUCCGCCCACCGGAAGGGUCACAUUCAGCAUCAACGACCGACCACAGCGGGUGGUGAUGUGGCUGAAUCAGAACUUCCUGCUUCCAGAAGGAGUAGACAGUCCUGACAUUACUUUGAAUUCACUAAGAGGAGGGGGACUGUUGUCCAUCAGUAUGGCCAGCAGUGGACAGAUCACUCUGAAAACAGAUGACAUCGACCUGGCAGGAGAUCUGGUCCAAUCACUGGCCUCCUUCAUGGCAAUAGAGGACUUGUCAGCAGAAGCAGACUUCCCCGGAUACUUCGAGGAGCUACGCACUACACUCACUGAGGUGGAUGAGUUCCACUCUGUCCAUCAGAAGUUAACUGCAGCCAUGGCCGACCACUCCAACUACAUCAGGAACAUGCUGGUGCAAGCAGAGGAUGCUCGCCUUAUGGGUGAGAUGACAACUAUGAAGAAGCGUUACAGAGAGCUGUACGAUCUAAACAGGGAUCUGGUCAACGAGUAUAAAAUCCGUUCUAACAACCACAAUGCACUGCUGGCCUGCCUCAAGUCUGUCAACCAGGCCAUACAGCGGGCUGGUAGACUCCGAGUGGGUAAGCCCAAAAACCAAGUUAUAUCUGCCUGUCGAGACGCCAUCAAGAGCAAUAACGUCAACGCACUCUUCAGGAUCAUGAGAGCUGGCGCUGCGUCCUCCUGAGGCUGGAAGGAGGGAGGGGGGGGAUGACAAUGCAGGAACGGACAAAUAGAUUGAAAGUACAAGCACAAUUGAUCAGUACUGUAAUAAUGUGGAACUUCAUCUAUGUCAAGCAUGGCAGCAGCAAGGAUGUUUCCCCAUGGGACGAGAACUACACGACCCAGGGACCCGCUGUUGCAGCCUUAAUCUAUCUUUUUCCACGAUUUAGGAAGAAGCAACAGCCUGGCAGCAACAUUUAGCAACAGCUCCAUAAUACUUUUACUGUAUGUGAAAUCUUGACAUUCUGCUCGCUCGCAGACAUAACAUGCUGACCACAGGCUUUAGUGCACUAGUAAAAAUGUCAUCCAUCUCAGUCUAAUCUCUGUGGCCGUUGGAAGAGCUUGAUUUAGUGCAAACUUGGCUAGAUACAAAAUUAGUGUAGUGCAGGCAGGAGCGACACAACCGUUUUAGAGAGUUCGGCUGGACCAAAGGAGGGAGUGGAAUGCUUCCCCCAAACUGUUUCUCAAAAGCAAUGGAACAAAGAUAGUCUGAGUACUGUGAUGCUUUAGAGAAGUUCAUUUUUUAUUCAUUAAUCUGAUUGGUUUAACGUAUUGCUGCGGUCUAAAACUCAUGCCAAAGAACAAUGAGUCUUUUUUGCUCACAUAUACUGUCUAAAAGCAUCAGUAGUUAAAAGAAAGAGAGUUAAGUCUUAUGUCCAUAGAAUGUACUAGAGUUGUUCCAGGUGACGGUGCACAUCUGUCUAAGAAAUGUUUAAACUUCAGAAAAGAAACUCCGUCUGUUCCCACUAAAGACUUGAGGGUUUGUAGAAAAUGACUAUCUGCUGGAUGACUGUUUGAUCCAGCGGACACAGUGAUGUUUAGAGAGAGCACAGCUGGAGCAAGACAGACCCAGGAAUCACUGGUGACCCCGAUAGUUUGGCGUGACGGCUCGCGUCUCUGCUUCCAGCUGUUGUGGUGUGUUUUGUGUGCCGUUUGUAGCCAAAGAAAACAAUUUUAAAUGAGUGGUCACGGGGAGGAGCACUGCUGUGCAUUUAACUUGUUAACCUUUUGUAGAUUGUACACAGAGAUUGUAAAUGUCAUUUUUUGCUUGUGGCAUUUAUUAAAUUAACUUGUGUUUAAAAA